AUGCAGCUGCGCUCGCGCAACGAAGCUGCACGUGGCAUCCUUGCCACGUACCGGGAUGCCUUUUCGCCCGAGAUCAACGCCUUUGUUCAGCGCUACGAGGCUCUCGUUGCAAGCAGCCAUGCCGCGCGGCAGCAAGCGUUGGCCCCCGCACAAGCGUGGUGUACAAUGCUGCUGCAUCUCCUUACCGACUAUGUCCUUUUGCAAGCCGACUCGGGGCGCGCCGACAUGCGGGUGUCCGUUCUACAAGUGCUACAAGAGGGCUGGGACGUGCUCGAAGAUGCGAUUUCGCGCCUUAAGCACGACACGUGGACACUCGAACACGCGAAAACGACGCUUCUCAGCGAGCUUUCUGCUUGUCUUUGCGCCGACAUGGCCGACGCAAGUGCGCUCCAAACCACCCAUUUCAAGGACAUUCUGGAAGACGCCAGCCAACUACGAGUGCUUCGAAGUGCCGACGACCCAACACGGCGGCUUGUGCCGAAACAGGCGCUGGCGGGACCGUGGGGCCUUGUUGUUACCAUCGGUCCGUUCUCAGCGACCUCUGUCCGCGCCCUCGCGACACAGAUUCGAUCGCAGGUGACAAGCGCUCUUCAGAUGCAUGCCAAGAGCGUUCUCCACGCAGCUUUGCUGGACGUCAACGCCAUGUCGAACGUGCUCGACGGGUAUAUUUACGCGCGACGGCGCGAUGGAAGCGCGUUGUCGAGCUUGAAGGCACGGGUUGCCGAGACGAUUUUAGACAUUAGCUGCACAAACGACGGUACAUCAAGGAGCUUUGAAGCACUCGAAAAGCUCUUGUAUCUGUGCACAGAGCUGCUCGAUGCGUGGGCGUCGAUCGUCCGUGUUAUACCCCGACACGGAGUCGUCGCGCCGGGGUUGCACCCCGCGUCGUUUAAUACGCUUGCGUUUGUCGCGGGUGGCAUUGGCGUGACGCCGCUUCUCGGGGUGCUCGUCGACGCGGUGCAUGCGACGCCUGCGAAGGCGACGCAUUUCGUAUGGCACGUGCGCGACAUGCGUCUUUUGCAUAAGUUCGAGUCCAUUCCGGACGACGUCGUCGCGAAAGCGCCUCGAUGGCAAGUGCACUACCACGUGACACAACCAGCGUCAGAGGCGAUUGACGUACUGGCCGAGACGACGACGACGGUGCUCGAUCUCCACCCGGUGCCAACCCCGCCACGACCGAUGACGACGGUCUCGAAAAGCCGGGAGGUGGCGGUCGUGCUGCUUUCGUUCCUCUGCAGCGGCGGUCUUUUGCUGCUGGUUCAAUACGGUAACAAACUCCAAGCUCGAAACGCAGCGCUCUGGCAGCUGCAGCGAUGUGUCGAGUUUUGUGUUGUCGUUCUCGGCGCCUACGCCAGCUAUAUGGCGGUAGUACCACGAUCGUUGCGAAAUACGUUUGCGGCCGACUACAACGUGCAACAUGGGCGCGCCGACUGGGACACGUUUUUGCAACACUGA